CGUUCUCAAAAUUCUGCUUCUCAAUCAUCACCACCACUACCACCGAUCUCAUCCUGGCUUUUUUGGAUUUUCGUUUCUCUCAGUCAUUUCAUCGAACACCUUGGAGCGUAAUUUAAGUUUCCUGCCGCCGGUUGUGCUAUUCGGAGUCGUAUUGGGGGUUUGUUGUUGAGGGUAGGCAAUGAGUUUCAGGGAGGAUGGUGGUGACAAUGGGAGGGGCGAUCUCAAGAAGCCGUUUUUGCAUACGGGGAGUUGGUACAGGAUGUCAUCUAGACAGUCCAGCGUCAUGGGUUCCCAGGUCCUUCGAGAUGGCUCCAUCUCUGUCGUUCUCUGCGUCCUCAUCGUCGCUUUAGGCCCUGUACAAUUCGGUUUCACUUGCGGAUAUUCUUCUCCUACGCAAAGUGAAAUAAUUCAUGAUCUCAAAUUAACAAUUUCAGAGUUCUCUAUAUUUGGUUCUUUGUCCAACGUGGGCGCUAUGGUUGGGGCAAUAGCCAGUGGUCAGAUUGCGGAAUACAUAGGCCGAAAAGGGUCUCUAAUGAUUGCAGCAAUUCCCAAUAUAAUAGGGUGGCUUGUCAUAUCAUUUGCUAGAGAUUCAUCAUUUUUAUUUAUGGGAAGGUUGUUGGAAGGAUUUGGGGUCGGUAUAAUCUCUUAUACGGUUCCUGUGUACAUAGCUGAAAUAGCACCACAGAACAUGAGAGGAAGCCUUGGAUCUGUGAAUCAGCUAUCAGUUACAACUGGAAUAAUGCUGGCUUAUCUGUUGGGACUGUUCAUGAGUUGGAGAGUACUUGCGGUUAUUGGAGCCUUACCUUGUACAAUAUUGAUACCUGGCCUAUUUUUCAUACCAGAAUCUCCUAGAUGGCUGGCAAAAAUGGGAAUGAUGGAAGAAUUUGAAGCCUCUUUGCAAGUUUUACGUGGCUUUGAUACAGAUAUUUCUGUUGAAGUUAAUGAAAUCAAGAGAGCUGUUGCAUCAUCAAGCAAAAGAACGGCAAUCCGGUUUUCAGAUCUCAAGCGGAAGAGAUAUUGGUACCCUUUGCUGGUAGGGAUUGGAUUACUAGUACUUCAGCAACUCAGUGGUAUCAAUGGUGUUUUAUUCUACUCCAGCAAAAUUUUUGAAAGUGCUGGUGUCUCAUCCAGCAAUGUUGCUACAUUUGGACUCGGGGCAAUUCAGGUUGUUGCAACUGGUGUGACUACAUGGUUGGUCGAUAAAGCUGGCCGCAGGCUGCUUCUCAUAAUAUCCUCGUCUGGAAUGACUGUCAGCCUGUUUGUUGUUGCAGUUGCAUUUUAUUUUGAGAGAAUAGUAUCAGAAAAUACUCAUUUAUAUGGCAUAAUGGGAAUAAUGUCACUUGUGGGACUUGUGGCCUAUGUGAUUUUCUUCUCAUUAGGAAUGGGAGCUAUUCCUUGGGUUAUAAUGUCUGAGAUACUUCCAGUGAAUAUUAAGAGUCUUGCUGGCAGCACAGCAACCCUAGCAAAUUGGCUGACAGCUUGGGUUAUUACCAUGACUGCGAACUUGCUUCUGACUUGGAGUGGUGCAGGGACCUUCACCAUUUAUGGAAUUGUGGCCGCUUUCACUAUCGUUUUUGUGAGCCUUUGGGUCCCCGAAACGAAAGGAAGAAGUCUGGAAGAAAUUCAGUCAUCCUUCAGAUGAAAAGCCAUCCACCAUGUGUCUUGUCCGUUCCAAAUCUGGUUUCAAGCAAAUCGUAAAAUUGUUACAUGUAUAUGUACAACUUCCUCCAUGAGUUUGAUUUAUGUUGUCAAGAAAACAGAAAAAGGAAAUAAAAAUUAAUUUCAUUUCAUUGAAAUGUGUUUAUCACGAGGCCUGCACCCAAGACAUGCAAAGAAAUUACAAACUCAAUGUGCUACAGAGCUUCCAGUCUUCCAGGGAGCAGCAAAAGAGAGAUGGGAGCAGAUGAUAUGAAUAGAGAGAAAUGGGAAUAACAGGAUCAACGGGUGUCAUUUAUUAGCAAGCAAAUGCCUGACAGACCUAUUGCAGACACAGGGCCUCUCCAGAAGGACCAAUUGACCAGUUUUCUUUAUGCCCUGAAUUGUUGUAUUCUCCUCUAGCUGUCUGUAAGGUUUUUUUUUUUUGUUUCCCGCCCGGUAUUCAAGGUUUCGUCUCGACUAAUCCGGAUUCAACCUGCGUCGCGCACUUGGAAAUGGUGGGUGAGUCUCCUAGCGGGGGCUGCUGCGUACACAAGAUCUCAAACUCAAGAUCUUGCUUAAACUGGAACAAGCCGUUUACUACUUGAUCCAACCCCUCGUUGGUUAGCUGUCUGUAAAUGCAUCAAGCAAAGUCUGCUUUAGUGUUUACGCAUCUAUGUUGGUUGACUAUAUAUGGAAUAUGCACUGGAUUCUAUUUCAAUGCUCUAAACUGAACAAGCCUAUUUCUUUUGCCGUUUAUUGAUCUUAAUCCUUAGGCAAUAAUCAAUGUCUGCAUCU